AUGCUCGUCCUCAUCAUUGGCAUCACAGGCAACGUCGGCUCCAAACUAAUCCACCCUCUUAUACAACAUGGAGCCCAAGUGCGCGGCCUAGCACGGCACAAAUCCAAACUCGCGCCAGAGAAGGUGGAAGCGUUGGAGAGUUUCCACGAAAUGGAGGCGUGGUACGAUGUGCCGGCCAUCAAGAAGGCCCUAAAAGGUGUUGACGCCGUGAUUUGCGCGUAUGGACCGGUGCCGGAGUUGGUGCUGGAUGCACAAUUGUUGUUAGUCAGGUUGAUGGAGGAGGAAGGCAUUACGCGCUUCGUGCCAUCGGCGUGGAACCUAGACUGGUCGAUCCUUUCGUGGGGCGACAUCGUCUACUACGACCUCUUCCUGGCCUUUCAGCGCCAACUCGCCAUGUCCUCCCGCAUCAAGCCCAUGUACAUCUUCAUCGGCUUCUUCGCUGAAACGUUCUUCUCCCUUGCGGGACAUGGCGUAUUUAACCCGAGCACACAUGGCGUUUGGGACUCCGGUUCCGUGGCUGCUGGAGAAGCAGCUCCAAGAGCAGAGUUCUGGGGUACAGGUGACGAAAAGUGGCAGAUCACCACGGAACAGGACACGGCGGACUUCACCGCGCGUUUGAUCACUGACAGAUCAAAAGAAGAUGGCGGGGUGUAUAGGUAUUGUAGUUGGGAGUACUCCAUCAAAGAAAUCGCGGAGAUUUAUGAGAAGGAAAGGGGCGUGGGUGUGAAGUUGGAACGGUUGGGGAGCUUGGAGGAUCUAAUGGUUACGGCGCAGAAGAGUCAGCGGGAGUUGGGUCUUGGGAGAUUUUGGGAGUGGAUGGGCUAUACUUACCAGAUCCACCAACUGGGCGGUAAGAUGAUGAUGAAGACAUUGGAUGACGGGCUGUAUCUGGAUCUCAAGAGGACGAAAUUGGAGGAUUUCUUGAGAGAGCAUCAGGAGAUAUAG